AUGAAAUGCCAGUCUAUAGACAGGGAAUUAGUGAGCAGGACAAGCUGCCAAUCAAAGAGGGAUACCUUCGCAGUCCAACAGGCCCAAAGAAAUGAACCUAGGACCGCAGAACUGAAGGUUAAAAAGAAGAAAUCGAAAGGUUGGGCUCACAGGAAGCAGAUUUCAUCAAACCAACCAUCUAUGCUGAUUGUCUAG